AGGUCACAGCAGGCUCUGGGGUCACAGCAGGCUGAGGUCACAGCAGGCUCUGAGGUCACAGAGGUGCCAGAGCCCCGUGGUUGCACAGCACCACAAGGACCCAGCAGUCAGUCCUUGAGCACAGCUGUUGCGGCAGCAGCGGCGGUGGCAGCAGUGGUGCUGACAUUGGGACAGCGGUGUCAGGACAGUGGUGGCAGCAAGAGCUGGGGACUGGCAGAGGGCAGGGCACCAUGGCCCUUGCUCUGUGCCUCUUCCUCCCGCUCCUCCUGGCCGUGGCCCUGCCUGCCAGGGCUGCCCAGGCUGCUCCGCUGCAAGCGCGGGGAGCAGAUUGGGAUGGCGACAUGGCUUAUCUGGAUGCCCCACUGGAUGACAGCUUGAAUCUCUUGGAGAAUGCUGGAGGUCCUCCUCCAUGGAAGAAUGCAGACACAGGAGACAAGAAAUCCCUGGAGGCAGCCAGACAUCUGGACCAGAUGCUGAGUGAUCUGGAGAGACGCCGUGAGAUGGACCAAAGGGCUUUGCUGAAGGCAGCGCUUCCUGGAGGAAGCAAUGGCUCCGUGCCAGCCCCCGAUACACGAAGGGAGGAGAUGCCAGACAGUGCCACAGAAGACGUUAUCACUGAAACAGGAAUAUUUGCCCCGGAUCCAGUGCGCCUCCCAAGAAUUGUCUGCCCCCAGGAUGUGCGCAGGUCCUGCAUGAUAGGCACGGUGGUGACACUGUUCACCGUGCCCUUCGUGCUGACAGGCUGCUAUCUUGGCAUUCGGAAGCUGUACGAGAGCAGACGGUCAGUUGUUGAUUUUUCUCCACAGCUUUCUUGUAACUCUGCUCAUAGCAUUGGUAGCCUGACUCGUAGUCAUGCUGCACUGGAGCUGUGGCCAGUCCGUGGUUGUCCAAAGAACUCUGCUGAGGGCUCUGCUGCUGCCCAGUGCUUUCAUUGGCCUCUUCAUUGCUGGGCCUUGUCCUGGGGGGCCCGCUGGGGCUGCAGCCAGUGCUGGCUCCCACUGAGGCUGCCAGGCCAAGAGCAGCCCCGGGGGCACAGGGCAGAGGCAGAGCAAGUUCUCAACAGUAUUUGGGCCACACAGCUCAGGACAGGACAGUGCUUAUUUAGUAGCUCAUGUAAAGUUUCAUGGUGACACUGAUGUUACCAGACAAGCAAAUCUGCUGCAGUUCAGUGUUCAAACAAAUCCAACCUGAUGAAGGGUUGGCUUUGGCCUUGAGGCUUUGCUCUUUGUGUGAGCCCUGUUCUGGAUUGAUUCCCACUCAGUCUUGGAGCCUGUUUUGGGUGAAGGCUCAUCCUGGCCCUGACCCUUCGCAGUUCUGGGCUCAAAGGCACCGCCGAGGCUGCACUGCACGUGACUGGGCUUCAGGGCUCCAUCAUCAAAGGCCUUUGAGAAGUUUAAAUUACUGUAUUCUUACUC